AAGUAGGAAAUAAAAGCUCCCUGGAUAGCAAAACUUAUGAGGCUUGUAGUAGACGUGCACCAUGAGUAGAUACUGGUUGGUCCUCCCUUUAACUUUCAUAACGGUCGUAACCGGAGGAACAGAUGAGGACAUCUGGGACUGUGGCAAGAUAGUGAUAGACUUCCUGAGUGACUCUGAGCAGCUACAGAACUACAGAGUGGUGGACUACACGGCGUCUACGGACGGCAACUCACUCACGUUGAAAGAAGGUGUUCUAUUCGGAUUUUAUGACCUUAACCUCGCGAGGGCUGAGAAGAAGAAGGACCGAAAAGCAACUGAGCUCACGGUUACGCUCGAAGUGCCGGAGCUGGAACUGAGUUCUCUCAACUAUUUCGAAGACGAAGAUGGCAGCACUACUCUAUUGACGCUCAGUGUGACGGGCCGUGAUGUACGUUUCAAGUUAGGCCUCCGCUAUAACGACGAGGGCAUCCGGGUUACAACGAGCCGCUUUCUUGACAUGGACACUGCUUCUGUAGUCAUAGAGGAUGUUGACGCUGACUUAUAUAAGUUUUCUGUGACACCGCUAGCCCGAGACAUGUUCCAGUCCGUCAUCACUGAAACGGUUCCUCUAGCUCUCAAUGUCACGGCUCGGGACCCGGACUUGCAUGACGCUUUGGAUCGAGAAGAUUGUUGAGAGAACAAUGACAAGGGUUUUCCUGUCUAGAGAACGUUAACGAAAUUUAAAACACAUCGGCCUCGUCAACCAGGUAGAAGAGGUGGUGCCUUCUGAUUUUGAUGCUAAAUUCGUCAAUAACAUGUCCGUUCCAACAGCGUUACUUGUACGACUGUAAUAAAGGUUUAUGACCACCGUAA